CUUCCCAUUUGAAUUCCAGCAAGUUUCAAGAUUUCAUUAAUUUGGUUAAGCUUUCGAGAUCACCUUCUAGUUUGAUUCCAUUCUCCUUUUCCAGUUCCAUAGUUUCUCUAUAUUAACAACCUUUCUCUCUGCCUCCUCUCACCACAAAUUGUUGUUUCUUUAAUUUCUCUGUAACCAAGAGUUUUGAUUUUGCUUCAACAAUGGCUACAAGUUUGAGCAAACGUAGCUCUGAUGCCACAACCCUAGUUGAUGGCUAUAACCAGGUCAAUGUCAGCCUUGAGGCAUCGAAGCUCAUGGCAAAUGGCCAUAUGUUUCUCUCUGAUGUUCCUGAUAACAUCACUGUUACUCCUUCUCACUACACCACCGACAAGUCGGUCUCCUCCGUCGGAUCCUUCGUGGGAUUCGACACUUUGGAGCCCAGCAGCCGCCACGUGGUUUCUGUUGGGAAGCUCAAGAACAUUCGGUUCAUGAGCAUUUUCAGGUUCAAAGUUUGGUGGACAACUCACUGGGUGGGGUCCAACGGCAGAGACCUUGAAACCGAGACCCAGAUGGUGAUUCUGGAUAAAUCCGAGUCGGGCCGGCCCUAUGUUCUCCUUCUUCCUCUAGUCGAGGGGCCUUUCCGAGCCUCUCUCCAGCCCGGAAACGACGACAACAUCGACAUUUGCGUCGAAAGCGGGUCGUCGAAAGUCUCCGCCACUUCCUUCCAGAGUGUACUGUACGUCCAUGUCGGCGAGGACCCUUUCAACUUGGUGAAAGAAGCCAUGAAAGUGGUUAAACUUCAUUUAGGAACCUUCAAGCUGUUGGAGGAGAAAACACUUCCAGCAAUCGUGGACAAAUUCGGUUGGUGUACGUGGGACGCAUUUUACCUAACGGUGCACCCGCAAGGCGUGAUGGAAGGCGUAAAGGGUCUCGUUGAAGGUGGGUGCCCACCUGGGCACGUGUUGAUCGACGACGGGUGGCAGUCCAUCAGCCAUGAUGAGGAUCCCAUCACCAAAGAAGGCAUGAAUCAUACCGUUGCAGGAGAACAAAUGCCAUGUAGGCUACUAAAAUUCCAAGAAAAUUACAAAUUCAGAGACUAUAUAAGCCCGAAGAAAUCGGAAAACAGCGGCGGCAAGGGCAUGGGCGCCUUCAUUAAAGAUCUCAAGGAAGAGUUUAAUACUGUUGAUCAAGUUUACGUGUGGCAUGCGCUGUGCGGCUACUGGGGCGGCUUAAGGCCGAAAGUGCCAGGAUUGCCGGAAGCGAAUAUCGUGAAGCCGAAGCUUUCCCCCGGAUUAGAGAUGACGAUGGAGGAUCUGGCGGUUGAUAAGAUCUUCAACACCGGAGUGGGGCUGGUUCCGCCGGAGAUCGUUGAUAAAAUGUAUGAAGGGCUCCACGCACACUUGGAGAAAGUUGGCAUUGACGGGGUGAAGGUUGACGUUAUCCAUCUUUUAGAGAUGUUGUGCGAGAAUUAUGGAGGCAGAGUGGAUCUUGCAAAAGCGUAUUACAAGGCUUUAACAGAGUCUGUGAGAAAGCAUUUUAAGGGCAAUGGAGUCAUUGCCAGCAUGGAGCACUGCAACGAUUUCAUGUUUCUAGGGACAGAGGCCAUUGCUCUUGGCCGUGUUGGCGAUGACUUUUGGUGCACUGACCCAUCCGGUGAUCCAAACGGUACGUUUUGGCUGCAAGGAUGUCACAUGGUGCACUGUGCCUACAACAGCUUGUGGAUGGGCAACUUCAUUCACCCAGAUUGGGAUAUGUUCCAAUCUACUCACCCUUGUGCCGAAUUUCAUGCGGCCUCCAGGGCCAUUUCCGGCGGUCCAAUUUAUGUUAGUGACACCGUCGGUAAGCACAACUUCCCUCUGCUCAAACGCUUAGCCAUGCCUGACGGCUCCAUUCUCCGCUGUGAACACUAUGCCCUUCCCACCAAAGACUGUCUCUUUGAUGAUCCUCUGCACGAUGGCAAGACCAUGCUCAAAAUUUGGAACCUCAACAAGUGCACUGGAGUUAUCGGAGCAUUCAAUUGCCAAGGAGGAGGAUGGUGUCGCGAGACUCGGCGCAACCAAUGCUUUUCUCAAUAUUCUCACAAGGUGACAGCCAAGACGAAUGCUAAAGACAUUGAAUGGAAUACCGGGAAGAACCCCAUGUCCAUUGAAGGAGUAGAACUUUUCGCCAUGUACUUGUCGGAGUCCAAGAAGCUCAUUCUCUCCAAGCCAACCGAUGACAUUGAAAUUUCCCUGGAGCCCUUCACAUUCGAACUCAUCACUAUCUCUCCGGUCACCACUUUGCUCGGAAAUUCGGUGAAAUUCGCCCCUGUUGGCCUGGUGAAUAUGCUUAAUACAGGCGGCGCUGUCCGGUCUUUGUGUUACAGUGAGAGUGGUGUGAAGGUUGGAGUCAAAGGAAGUGGAGAAAUGAGAGUGUUCGCAUCUGCGAAACCAAGGAGUUGCAUGAUUGAUGGAGAAGAUGCAGUGUAUGAAUACGAAGAGAAAAUGGUUGCCCUUCAAGUGCCAUGGUCAAAUCCUUCUGGUUUAUCUAUAAUUGAAUACUUAUUUUAGAGCUAAAGUUGUUAAUUCAUAAUGAAGAAAUUUACAGUAAGUAAUUGCUAAGGGGUUAAUUUCUCCCAGAAAUAAAGUACGGCUAUUAUUAA